CCAUUACGGGGUUCACUGUCAUUCUAGGAGAAGGCAUACCGAGUCUCGUUUUCUUAAUACUUACUUUGUUAUAGAAUUCAAAAAGAAAAGAAAAUGCGCCGUUUCGAACGAAUAUACGACGUGGUUGAACCUGUCGAAGAGUAUCGUCCAGGAGGCUACCAUCCAGUACAACUUAAAGAUGUUCUUCAUUCAAGAUACGAAGUCAUUGGAAAGCUGGCCUUUGGCCAAAGCUCGACUGUGUGGGCUGCAAAGGACAGAAAGAUCCAGCGACAGGUCGCACUGAAGAUAUUGAAAGCAGACGCAUCCUCGGAAAACAGAGAGCUUGGAAUUCUUCUGAAUCUGGCAUCCUGCGAUUUAGACCAUCCUGGAAGAGCGCAUGUCAUUGAACUGCUCGAUCAUUUUUAUCAUCAAGGCCCUAACGGAACUCACUUGUGUCUCGUUCUACCUGUUAUGGUAUCCGACGGCAGCUCAAUGACAGUCAGUGGCAAGCCGCAUAGCUCAGGAUAUGUGCGAACUAUCUGCCGGCAGCUUCUCCUGGGUACUAUUGACUUCCUUCACCAUCUAGGUAUAGUUCAUUGUGAUCUCAAGCCAGCUAAUAUAAUGUUCUCGGUCUCUACAAAUGACGAAGGGUUCCUGCAACCGCCGGAAUUUUGCCCUGUUCAAUGGCUGGAAGGGGUGGCGAGAGAUGAUAGCGCCCCGAGAUAUUUGAUGCCUACGCAGAGACCUCGAGGCUAUUUAGAUAAUGCCUGUUUCUCGACACUUACCCUGAAGAUUGGUGAUUUCGGCGCUGCUCAAUGGGCUCAACAAUGCAAUCAGCGCCCAGCGACACCGACAGCUUUGCGUGCUCCUGAGAUAAUAAACCAAGAGAAAUGGGAUAUGAAUAUUGAUAUCUGGACUUUGGGUUGUUCAAUAUUUGAACUAGCAACAAACGAGCCGUUAUUUCCUUUGGAUACCUUUGGUCUUACAGAGGCCGAAGUUGACCAAGACCACCGGUCUCUCAUUACCCAGAGAUUCUGCCCCAUCAGUCAGAAGGAUGGAGAUUUUCCAGAGUACCUACAGAAUAGGUUACAUAACACGUUCGGCGCCAAAAAUAAACAAGGAUUCGCCUCGUUCCUUUUGUUCAUGCUGCAGCUUAAUCCUCAGUGCCGACUGUCAGCGAAACGCCUCCUAACAGACCUCUUCUUGUUGGAUGAUUUCCAGGGCUGAGAGGCGUCAGUCAUGAGAGUGGAGUAUAGUCAGAGUAGUGGUUUAGAUAGAAUAGCCGUCUAGCUGCUCAGUGAGGAAUUGCCGAGAAAAACACUUUGGAC